CCUGUAAUAUAAAGCAUGUGGAGAGCUAGUGAAAAGUAUCAGUCGGAUCUAGACCGAAGCAGAGUUUUGGGCUCUGAGGAAUCAAGGUUUAGAUGAACAGAAGUUUAGAAAUGCUUUUCAUCCUUUUUACAGCUAUUACUGUACUGCAAACAGUCACAGGUGUUGACAUAUUUGAGACUGAAAGAACAUUGUACAAUGGAUUUUCCGUUCUCAGAACAGAGGACACAGAUGAACCUCUUAUAGAGGCCAUACGAUCCUCUACAGAGGUAUGGAAAGUGACUGUGGAUAAUGCAACAUAUCUCGACAUUUUAGUCAAACCUGAACUUCAGAACAUGAUUGAACAAUUGCUGAACUGUGCUAAUAUGUCCUACACUACGCUGAUACAAGAUCUCCAGAAAGCCAUAGAUUUGGAGAAUGAGGAAAGUGAUGAGGUUGCUGUUGCUAGUUUUAAAACAUCUUGUGCCACCACUUCAGGAAUGUCAUGGACUCAGUAUCAGUCGUAUGACACUAUUUCCAGUUAUAUGGAUUGUUUGGGUUCUCAAUACGGUUACAUUGCUCAACUCUACACAAUAGGAUCAAGCUCUGAAGGUCGACCUUUAAAGGUCAUUAAAAUUGGAACAGAAGGUCGUGGUCAGAGAAAACAAUCUAUCUGGAUUGACGGAGGAAUACACGCACGAGAAUGGAUUUCCCCGGCAGCUGUUUCCUACUUACUGAUGGAACUUGUGGAGAAUACUAAUACACAUAGUGAUCUACUGAACCAGUAUGAUGUGUAUGUAAUGCCUGUUAUGAACCCAGAUGGAUAUGAGUAUACAAGAGAGUCCAACAGAAUGUGGAGAAAGACUAGAUCCUUGAACCGAGGUUCAUCUUGUAGGGGUGUUGAUCCUAACAGAAACUUUGGUUAUGAGUGGGGAGGUAAGGGAACCAGCCAGGAUCCCUGCAGUGAUAUCUAUAGAGGGAGCAGUGCAUUCUCAGAACCAGAAACCCAGGCUGUUCGGGACUUUAUAACAGCCAGGAAACGGAAUAUCAAGAUGUACCUUACAUUCCACAGCUAUGGGCAAAUGGUUCUCUAUCCCUGGGGUUAUGAUGCUGUGGACCACCGAGAUGAAAACGAGCUGGACAGAGUUGGUAGAAUAGGAUCAAGAGCUGCUGGAAAUAAGUAUACCGUUGGUUCUGCCGCUAAAGUUUUGUACCCUGCCGCCGGCGGAAGUGAUGACUGGGCUAUGAGUGAAGGAAUUAAGUUCAGUUACACAAUUGAACUGCCGGAUACCGGAUCUCACGGAUUCAUACUUCCGGCAAACCAGAUUAUUCCAGUUAGCAAGGAGGCAUUGCAAGCAGUCAAAUCUAUGGCGGACAGUAUCUGAUUCUGAAGAUUAGUUACAUAAUAUAUUUAUUUAUUAAAAAAUAAAAGAUUGGUCACUAAAAAUGUGUUCUAACUAGAUUUGAAGGAUCAUGACUAUAUUUGUAGAGUGUGAUGUCUGAUUCACAACUGAACCCUUUGUCAGAUCAAGGAUGAAUAUGAGAUAUCCUAAUUUGACUGAGCUGACAAUUCUUGUAUACCCUUAAUCCGACCAGAUUCCUAAAUAUCUUUAUCCACUGUGGACACUCUUGAUUUUCUGCUUAAUCCUUCCUUUAGGAUAUCCCUGCUUGGUUCUGCUUAAUCCUUCCUUUAGGAUAUCACUGCUUGGUUCUGCUUAAUCCUUCCUUUAGGAUAUCCCUGCUUAGUUCUGCGUAAUCUUUCCUUGAGGAUAUCCCUGCUUAGUUCUGACCAAGAUUAGAGUAGCGUUAAUGAUUGCGCACAAUAUUUCUCGUCUUUGAUUGGCUGUUUGGUUUCAUUAAUCAAAACCCAGAUUUGUUCUUUUUUAGGCGUAUUCUCGGAUAUUAAUAUUAGAUUAAAUUAAUAUGUUGUUCUCUUAUCUAAUUUAAAAUCUACAUUUUCUACAUAAUGUAUCCGGCUACCCUUUCAAGUCCUGAGUAGUCUCCUAAAGAACAUAAUUAAUUCUUCGUCGGUCAUGCGGGAAGACUUGCCAAACACUUGCAUAUUGCUGAUGACUUUAUUUGAUUAUCAAGAAACAGAAGUUAAGUAAAAAGCUGGGGG